AUGCCGAUACCCGAAUACUCGAAAUAUCAGUCAUUUUACAAGGCUCUCCCGGGAGGACACGCCAUAGCACCCAGCCCCUUUGCAACCCCAAAUGAUGAAACAUUCCUCACCAAGCGCGCAGCGCUGGGACCCCUUCUCUCCCCCAAACAUUUCCCAGACCUCCACCCGAUCAUUCAGUCAAACACUACAAUUCUCGUGAAUCGCAUCCGAAACCGGCUGUGCAGCGUGGGGAGGAUUAAUCUGCACUAUGCCUUCCGUGCCGCGUCUGUUGAUACCAUCACGGAGAACGCAUUUGAUAAGAGGUAUGGGUGUUUGGAGAGGGAAGACUUUUGGCAAAGAGCAUAUUUUCUUCGCGAGGUCGAUAGCGAGGUGGUUGUGGGAAUAUUGGAGAUUGCAGUGCCUGGGUGGAUGGAUGAGAGCGUUAUCAAACUGUCGGAAUUGUGGUGGGCGAAAAAGGGCUGGUACGAUAUAACAUCUCAAGGGAUCCAGGAUGUCAAGAAGAGGGAGAACAGAGAAAAGCAACCAUCGUUGAAACGAGAACCCGUGUUCCCCCAACUUCAAAUAGGCGACGAUCCAGAUGUGGACGAUCCAAGAAACAAAGAACAUAACAUCAUUGAUGUUGCGUCGCAAUUGACUAGGAAUACGCUGACGAUCACAACGUACAACGUCGUUGCGAACAGGGAGAUAUACAAAACGCUGAGGGCAGAGCUGACAAGGGAGUUUCCCCUUCCAAACUCAGAACUGGGUUUUCAAAAACUGGAGCAGUUACUAUACUUGAUCCGCUUGGUUUUUUGCUUCCACGUCGCCCUCCAUACCAACAGACGGCAAGAACUAAGGCUUCCCUGCGUCGUUCCCGAAUCUGGCGCCGAAUUCAAUGGCUACAACGUUGCUGCUGGUUCCACUCUGGUCAUUGACAAUGGCGUAGACAAUCGUCGGUAUGAGUUCAUGGAUGAUGCACCGCGAUAA